UCCCUCGCCCGCCCGCCCGCGAGCUCGCGGUGGGAGGAGCCCGCCGGAGGAAGCCGUGAGCCCGGGCUGCCGAGAGCCACAGAAUGGAUCUGCUCCGAGCGGGGACGUCGCUGACGAUCCCGGCUUCCCGCGGCGGCUAGGAGCCGACCACUGGCCUCGGCAGGCUGCGGAGACCCGGAGGCCCAGGGAGAGCCGGGGGCCGCGCGCGCGGAGGCACGGACGCACGGACGCGCGGACAGACAGAUGGUUGGCGCGAACCCGGGAGGACCGCGGCGGAGGCUGAGCACGGCGAGCCGCCCGGGAAGAGAAACUAACUGCAAACCCAAGUUGCCCCGCCGGCUUCCCCUCGCUUCGCUAAGGAAUGAAACCUUUCCAGCUCGAUCUGCUCUUCGUGUGCUUCUUCCUGUUCAGUCAAGAGCUGGGCCUCCAGAAGAGAGGAUGCUGUCUGGUGCUGGGCUACAUGGCCAAGGACAAGUUUCGGAGAAUGAAUGAAGGCCAAGUAUAUUCCUUCAGCCAGCAGCCCCAGGACCAGGCCGUGGUGUCGGGCCAGCCAGUGACACUGCUGUGUGCCAUCCCCGAGUAUGAUGGCUUCGUUCUGUGGAUCAAAGACGGCUUGGCUCUGGGUGUGGGCAGGGACCUCUCAAGUUACCCACAGUACCUGGUGGUAGGGAACCACCUGUCAGGGGAACAUCACCUGAAGAUCCUGCGGGCGGAGCUGCAAGAUGAUGCGGUGUACGAGUGCCAGGCCAUCCAGGCCGCCAUACGGUCUCGCCCCGCACGCCUCACCGUCCUGGUGCCGCCCGAUGACCCGGUCAUCCUGGGGGGCCCUGUGAUCAGCCUGAGGGCGGGGGACCCACUCAACCUCACCUGCCACGCAGACAACGCCAAGCCUGCGGCCUCCAUCAUCUGGUUGCGGAAGGGAGAGGUCAUCAAUGGGGCCACCUACUCCAAGACUCUGCUUCGGGACGGCAAGCGUGAGAGCAUCGUGAGUACGCUCUUUGUCUCCCCCGGCGAUGUGGAGAAUGGACAGAGUAUCGUGUGCCGAGCCACCAACAAAGCCAUCCCCGGAGGGAAGGAGACUUCAGUCACCAUCGACAUCCAGCACCCCCCGCUCGUCAACCUGUCGGUGGAACCACAGCCGGUGCUGGAGGACAACGUCGUCACGUUCCACUGCUCUGCAAAGGCCAACCCAGCUGUCACCCAGUACAGGUGGGCCAAGAGGGGCCAGAUCAUCAAGGAAGCAUCCGGAGAAGUGUACCGGACAGCUGUGGACUACACGUACUUCUCAGAGCCUGUCUCCUGUGAGGUGACCAACGCCCUGGGCAGCACCAACAUCAGCCGCACGGUGGACGUCUACUUUGGGCCCAGGAUGACCACGGAGCCCCAGUCGCUGCUCGUGGAUCUGGGCUCUGAUGCCGUCUUCAGCUGUGCCUGGACAGGCAACCCAUCCCUGACCAUCGUCUGGAUGAAGCGGGGCUCUGGUGUGGUCCUGAGCAAUGAAAAGACACUGACCCUCAAAACCGUCCGUCAAGAGGAUGCUGGGAAAUAUGUGUGCAGAGCCGUGGUGCCCCGGGUGGGAGCUGGAGAGCGAGAGGUGACCCUGACAGUCAAUGGACCCCCCAUCAUCUCCAGCACCCAGACCCAGCAUGCCCUCCAUGGGGAGAAGGGUCAGAUCAAGUGCUUUAUCCGGAGCACGCCGCCCCCCGACCGAAUUGCCUGGUCCUGGAAGGAGAACGUGCUGGAGUCCGGGACGUCGGGGCGCUACACGGUGGAGACGGUCAGCACCGAGGAGGGGGUCAUCUCCACCCUGACCAUCAGCAACAUCGUUCGGGCUGACUUCCAGACCAUCUACAACUGCACCGCCUGGAACAGCUUCGGCUCUGACACGGAGAUCAUCCGGCUCAAGGAACAAGAGUCUGUGCCGAUGGCCGUCAUCAUCGGGGUGGCCGUAGGAGCCGGCGUGGCCUUCCUCGUCCUUAUGGCAACCAUCGUGGCCUUCUGCUGUGCGCGCUCCCAGAGAAAUCUCAAAGGGGUUGUGUCGGCCAAGAAUGACAUCCGAGUGGAGAUUGUCCACAAGGAGCCUGCGUCUGGUCGGGAGGCUGAGGAACACCCUACCAUCAAGCAGCUGAUGAUGGACCGGGGUGAAUUCCAACAAGACUCAGUACUGAAGCAGCUGGAGGUCCUCAAAGAGGAGGAGAAGGAGUUUCAGAACCUGAAGGACCCCACCAACGGCUACUACAGCGUCAACACCUUCAAAGAGCACCACUCGACGCCCACCAUCUCGCUAAGCAGCUGCCAGCCGGACCUGCGUCCCGCAGGCAAGCAGCGAGUGCCCACAGGCAUGUCCUUCACCAACAUCUACAGCACCCUGAGCGGCCAGGGCCGCCUGUACGACUACGGGCAGAGGUUCGUGCUGGGCAUGGGCAGCUCGUCCAUCGAGCUCUGCGAGCGGGAGUUCCAGAGAGGCUCUCUCAGCGACAGCAGCUCCUUCCUGGACACGCAGUGUGACAGCAGCGUCAGCAGCAGCGGCAAGCAGGACGGCUACGUGCAGUUCGACAAGGCCAGCAAGGCCUCCGCCUCCUCCUCCCACCACUCCCAGUCCUCCUCCCAAAACUCUGACCCCAGCCGACCCCUGCAGCGGAGGAUGCAGACUCACGUCUGAGGAUCCCAGACCCGGGACCGGGAAGGGCGGGGGAAGGGGCCGCGCCACCUGCUGGCUCCCCAGAGACUGCGGGGCGGGGGCUGCGCAGAGGACCCCAGAGGCGGCGGCCUCCAGGACAGUCCCCCGCCCCCAGCGCCUCUGCCGCCACCCUCCUCCGAAGCCCUGAUCAAGCACAAACUCGGGUCCCCAGCUGCAGCGUGCC